CGAAAAUGGAUCUUCCAGCACCAGCACUGGUCAACGUCUUGUCCCGAUUUCCACUGAAGAGCAUCGCGAGAUUCAGAACAGUAAGCAAAGAAUGGAGAUCGCUCAUCGACUCCGACUUCUUCAGAGAUUACUACAUCUCCUUCAACGCAUCUUCCUCUCUCUCCUGGUCAAUCAUCCAAACCAAACCACACAAACUCUCACUCGAAAUCAUCGGCCACCAUGGAUGCAACACAUGGGGUCUCGAUCGUUCUCCUGGUUCUUUCUUGUGUUUCUUCGCCGAGACAGCAAUCAAAAAACUCUUGGUCUUAUCCUGUACCGAUGGUUUGGUCUCGGUCUACGCCGAAGCUAGGGACGGAUCCCCUAUGUAUUACAUCGGAAAUCCGCUGAUGCAAGAGUGGUUUCAACUCCCUCUCCCUCCGUUUCUCUCCUCGCGCGAUCUUCGUAGGUUACGUAAGAAGGAGCGUUUCAGUGACACUGGUUUGGUUACGAAGAUGAGGAGUGGGGUUGUUGUGAGUUACAAGGUUGUCUGGAUGUUGACAUACCAUCAAUUAUCUGAUAAACUCGACUUUAUGAUUUAUUCGUCUGAAACAGGGACGUGGAGGAAACAACAUGUGUCUUGUCCACACUCCACGCUCUGGGAUAGACAAGACAAGUCCAUUGCUUUGAAUGGCAUGCUUCACUGGCUUUCAGAUGAUACUCUUACUUUCGACGACGACGACAACGACGCUGGUUCUGUUGUAUCUUACGAUUUCUAUGGAGAUUAUAGUUGUCGUAUCAUGCAUUUUCCUGGUAGUAAGGUCACUGGAGAUGGCAAAGAUGUUGAUGCUUUACGACGUUUCAGGAGAAGCUUUACUGCCUCUGAAGGAUCCAUUGUGUACUUCAACGAGUUCCGUGAGAAUGAAACAUGGACGUUACGGGUUUGGAGGCUGGUCAAGUACGAAAAUGUUCCUGAGGCUUGGCAACUCUUUUGGGAUCUCAAGUUGACGUCUCUGAUUGAAUCUGGUAUCGUCGAUUAUUUCCCCGUGGUGAUGCAUCCUUUGAACUCUGACAUUAUCUACUUGUGGAACAGCACCGCGAAAGGUCUGGUCCUGUUUAACUUGCGCACUGGUGUGUUUAGUGUUCAUAAAGAAGCUGAAGGAGAUGAUGGCAAGUGUAUGGAUGGUUGCAGCUUGAGUUUUAACUGGUGUAGCCAGUAUAUGGACAGCAUCCAUGAAUUCAAUCUCUCACGGUAUCAAGGUGGCCCUAACAAUCUCUUCUUUUCCCAUUAUGUUCUUCCUCGUUGGCUGCACCGUCUCCCUCGUCCUCAGGCUACUUAGGCCAUGUCUGUUUUUGUAUUUGAUGUAGAAUUACAUGGAGUGAAUACAACAUCUAAAUAUUGCAUCAAAAUGUUAGUGCGUUUUUUUUUUCUAAUUUUAUAUAAG